AUGGAAGGCGUGUUCAAAAGUCUGAAUCCCAAUGAUUCAGAAGAAAAUGAUGACAUAGAACUGAAUGAUCACUUACCAUAUCGGAUCGGAAACUACCUAUGGAUAUACGGAUCACCAGUUUUAAUACUCGUUGGAACAGUUGGGAACAUACUGUCAAUAAUUGUCCUGCUGAGACCAAGACUGAGGGACACCACGACUAUGUUCUAUCUAACGUGCUUGAGUAUCGGUGACCUUUUCACCCUUUAUACGGGUUUACUCAGAUACUGGAUUUAUCGGACGUUUGAUAUUGAUGUUCGCAACCUGUCAAAUGCCUCUUGCAAGAUUCACACUUUCCUGGUGUAUUUGUCACUUGAUUUUACAGUGUGGGUAUUGGUGUGUGUUACAGUGGAUAGGUUUUUGUCAGUAUCCAUGCCAUUUCGUGCCAAAAGGCUUUGUACCAUGACCAGAUCAAGAAUUGUAAUCGCUGGAAUACUACUACUUUUAUCCCUAAAGAACAUGCAUUUCCUAUGGACACUUACACUGGUCGAGACUUGGGAAUACAGAUGUGAUGGUGACUCUUCAGAGGACGUGCAUUUUCUCAGAUUUAUCUGGCCAUGGCUAGAUCUAGCUGUGUUCUGUCUUGUACCAUUUUCAGUCAUGAUUGUGUGUAACAUAAAAAUCAUUUACGAAAUGGUUUUAUCUCAGAAGAAACUUGACGCCCAUAGAAACUACGGCUCUCAACGUGCAAAACAAGGAGCAUCUACUAGUCGGACAUCGCUUGCUGAGCCGUCGGUGUUUUCAAUGCAGUCAGUAACGCCCCAACAUGCCAAUGUAAGGAUAAGAACGACGUCAGAGUCGAAACCAAACGCAGCGACAAAUGCUAGAACAGGGACAAAACGUGUUUCAUCGUUGACAGCCAUGCUUCUUGCUGUAAAUACCAUAUUUCUUCUAACCACGUCACCUGUACAGAUUUUAUUGGUAGGAGAGGAAUACUGGUUUUCGAACAGGGACGAUUCAAAUUCACAAGUAGCUUGGUAUAAUUUCUGGUGGGCUCUUGUGAAUAUGCUUCAGUACCUUAACAAUGCAAUACAUUUCUUUCUAUAUUGCUUGACGGGCCCCAAGUUUAGGCAUGAAUUGUUCUCCAUAUUUAACAGGAAAAAUAAAGUUGCCAUUACAAAACAUUUAAAUGAACAGACCCAAACCGAAAUUUGAAAGAUAAACUAGUUAGGUCUGUUUCAACGUUCUCCAACUCUACUUCAAUGAUUCAGUUUUAUGUCGUCUGCAUUGAGAGACAGUUAUACGAGGUAUAGGUGUCAGGUCGUCCAGCGGAGGCGACGUCCGCGUCUUUCACGGCGUCACAUUUUCACAUUUUGCUCUCUAACUUCAGCAUUUGACAUCCUCAUUGCACUGUUUAUGAGGAUACUAUCUCACUGAAGUUCAAUAGACAACUGGGAUGCAAUAUUCAAUACCAAGUAAUGGUUCUCGAAGUGUCAAAUUUGAUAAAAAUUACUGUGUCCACUUUUGUCUAUUCUCACUACAACCGAUCUUUUCCAAACCUUAAUUGGCAUACUUUUUGAGCAAGGUCGAAUAAAACCCAACUCUAAUGUUGUGGCUUUCUAAUAUUUCAUUUGAUAAUGUCCUCUGUGUACGUUCUUUACCUUGAGAAUUAUAAUCCACUCUUUGCCAAACUUGGUUAUACCAUAUUCACCAUGUUCGAUCAACAUGCAUUUUGCUCUUUUUACGCUAGAUGUUUUGCAUUUAAAUGAUAAAACAUA